CGGGUAAUAAUCAGCCGCAGUCGGGGAUUACCGAGGGGAUUACCGCCUCGUGACGGUCCCUGUAAUCUUCCCACUGCUCCAUCAAGGCGGGGAACUCUCGGUCUCCAACUCCAAUUACCCUGGACUGUAACUAUAGUUCCCUUCAUGCAUCCGAUAUAACUACUCCUCUGGCAUUCACUAUAGAAGAACUCCUCACUGACAACACUGACCAUACACACAUACACACAAAUCUCAGCAGUUACCAAAAUGUACGAAUCCUACCGCCCUCAUCCCCUCCUAGCCCAAGUCCCCUUGACCGUCUCCCCGUUCAUCAACCUCCCCACCACCGUCACCCUCCCCUACACCUACAAGUCGGUCCCAUCCACCAUCCCGCCCUCCGUCACCGUCGACCCCAGUAACCCGGACCUCAAACCCCGCUACGUAGUCUCCUCGAGCGGGGAGCACGCCGCCUCCCCGGAGGAGAUCCUCGCCGCGUGCAACGCCCUGGAGCAGCACCUGAACAAAACCCGCCGCGACGCCGAGAAAGCCAUCCGCGACUGGGAGGAGUCCAUCGUGCAGCGCGACCUGGCGGAGAAGCGACGCGUGGCGCCCGGAUGGCUGGACCGGGAGGAGAAACUACUGCGGCCGAUGAACGCGGCCGCCGGGUCGGGGUCACCGGAGGGGGGAGCAGCCCAAUCGAGCUUGCUGGACAGUCUGUCCGCUGCGGAUCCGGGGGCGGCGACCUUGCCGUCGAUGGUGCCGCGCGAUGAGGGAGAGGAGCUGGAUCGGGCGUUUGGGGGGUUGAAUGUGAAAUGAGCGGGGGCACAUCUGCUGGGGCUUGUUAGGCCAUGAGGAGCUUAUGAUGCUCAUGCGACGAGGACUCUAUCUCCUAGAAGAUACGCGCUUCGAGUUGGCGCUGUCGGUGUGUCAUAGGUGCUGCGCGCGCAAGACGGGCCAUGCAGAGAGGGCCCCUUGCUGGACCGCGGCACGUCAGACGGCGAAGCCUCGCAUCACCACGCCGUCGUGUCUGGAAUUGAGGCUCCAGGUACACAGCGUGCCGCGCAGUCUGCAUGAGCUGAAAUAGAUUGAAAGAAUGACUAGAUUUGUUCAGAUAUGGGACAGUGCAGGAUUGCCAUGUCAUAGAAGGCAUUGAGCGGAGUAGAUACAGACAAACAAUCCAAGCUACUAUCAAGC